AUGAGGUUCUCCAGGAGCGCAUUGGCCAGCUUGCUGCUGACCGUGGCCAUCAGCAAUGCCCAGCAACUUCAGAACAAAACCGAAAACGCCACCGGUGGUGCCAUCGAGGCAGGUGGCAACCGAGCCGUACCCACAGCCGAUGUUGGGACUGGAAACGGUGCCAAGCUUGGAAACUCCGGGAAUGACAGGAACGAGGCACGCCCGGAAGGAGGCAAGGACCGGAAUGAGGGCCAGGAUAACGGACGGGCCGGCGAGCAGAACGAGAAGGAGCAAGGCAACGGCCGUCAACAGGGCAAUGCUGGCAAGGGAGAUGCCGAGGCAGAGCUUCCAGCUGCAGAGGACCGAGAGCAAGGACAGGGCAAGGGCAAAGGACAAGGUAACAAAAAUGGUGCUGGUCCUGGUGCUGCUGUUGGGACCGGAACCGGAGCUGGUGCCGGUGGAUCAGGAGGGCUUCAAGAGCUUCCUGGGGCAAACAGCAGCUCCGCCGUCCCAGCUGGCCAACUUCAGGAGCUCCCGUCUCUUCCUCCGGCCUUCACCCCUAUCUCAGAACGAACAGGCACCACCACACAGGCUGGAAUCUUCACCAGCCCUCCUGUCACUAGUGUCCCUGCCACCAGCAGUGCCAUCACCACCCCCGGUGUUGUUGUGAUUACGCCCACCUCUGCGACCGCAGUCGUCUCCACAUCUGCCCCUCCCGCGGUCUCGUCCGCGCCCCCAGCCGCUGCCCUGCCCGUAGGUGGUGGUGUCCAAAUUAUCUCUCAGAUCAACGGUGCCGUGCCAACAGUUAGCGCCUCGAGCGCCGAAACGACGGCGAUUUCGUCUGUGACGGCUCCUGUCGCUGGUCAGUCUUCUGCUGCCCCUCCCAUCAUCGGUGGCAUCCAGAGUUUUUCGCAGAUUGUAGGCGGUGCUGUCACUGUCUCUGGAGCCUCAUCGGCUGCAACGGCGGUGGUUUCAUCGGCCACAGUUCCUGCUGCCUCUGAAGCUUCCGAGCUCCCUGUUCUUUCCUCUGUUGCACUGCCCGAAGCAUCAUCCGCCAUACCAUCUCUGAGCAUCCCACCAGUAGCAGCCCCUACAGCAACCAUUCCUUUGCUUUCUGCCGCGCCUGCAACCUCUGUCAACCCUGUUAUCUCAGGCCUUCCCGCAGUUCCCACCGGCACCGACCCAGCCGCGCCAUUCCCUUUUACUAACUCGACUGAAGGCACUACCGAUGUCGCAGACCCCGUGGCUUCGGCCGCUCCCGAAGCCCUCCAGCCCCUCCCCAGCGCCGAUUUAACCAACACGACGGCCCCCGGCGCGCUUGAGCCCGUGCCAGAUGCUAUCAACUCUACUACGCCCGAGGACAGCGCGGCCGGUAACGGUACCACCUUGACUCCUCUGCCCGGUGCUACCAACUCUACCGAUGGUGUUGCGGCCGGUAAUGGCACAGAGCUGACUCCUCUGCCCGACGCUACCAACUCUACCGAGGGUGUUGCGGCCGGUAGCGGCACCGAGCUGACUCCUCUGCCCGAUGCUACCAACUCUACUGAGGGUGUUGCGGCCGGUAACGGCACCACUCUGACCCCUCUUCCGGGCGCUACCAACUCCACCGGCGGCGCCGCGGCCGGUAACGGCACCACUCUGGCCCCUUUCCCGGUCACUACUAACUCCACUGGCGGUGCCGCCGGCGGUAACGGCACCACUUUGACCCCUCUUCCGGGCGCUACCAACUCUACGACGGGUGGAAACGCCACCCUUGCGCCUCUGCCUGGUGCCACCAACUCGACGACGGGCAGCGGAGCUCUUCCGGGCACCAACUCUACGAGGGCUGGAAAUGGUGGAAACGCCAGUCUCGCCCCUCUGCCCGGUGCUACCGACUCGCCAACGAGCGGAGGUUCCAACUCACCGUCGGGUGAAGACUCUAAUUCACCAUCGGGCGGAAACUCGAACUCACCCUCGGGCGGAGACUCCAACUCACCUUCGGGUGGAGACUCCAACUCACCUUCGGGCGGAGACUCCAAUUCUCCUUCGGGCGGAGACUCUAACUCGCCGACAAGCCAAGACUCAAGCCUGCAGUCCCUGCCUGGAACCGCCGUCCGCACAGCAAGCGGCAGCCUGACCCUCGCUCCCCGCCCGACCGGUACUGGUGCGGCUAGUCUUGGUGGCACCGUGACGGCCGCUCCGAAAUUUUCGACCAUCAUCGCUGCCAACGGCAUCACUUCGGUGCUGACGGUGCCACCCGCGGCUCAAACCGUCGCCUUCCCCGGUGGCGUGGUGGAGGGUCAGGGACCGGACAAUGCUGCUGGAUCAUUGGCGGUUUCCAGGUUCCUGGCGGCGAGCAUCGCCGGACUUGUUGGUGCCUACCUUUUAAUGUAA